GGGACUGUGAACUGUCGCUGUCAACUUGACCAAAGUAAACAAAUCAACGAAGGACUGGACACUUCACGAAUUCAUCACCACCAUACCUACUCAACGAAUUUACAAUUGGGCAUCACAAUCUACGAGAAUAGUCGACCGAGAAAUAGACACACUCCCUCAAAAGAAAUCAUUUCCCAUCAUCCGCGACACAUCACCAACCGCCCGUCCGCCCGCCCGCUCGCUCAUUUGCACCGCGAUGGAAAUGGAAUCCGCCGUCCACCGUCGAAUCGAGCUUCAAUCGCCCGAAGACUUCACCUAUCUAAUCGACAAUGUACGUCGCGCCGCAGCGGAUAGCAUCAACGCCGCUUUCCCGCCUGUUGACGCGGGCGACAGAAACGGGGAGGACGAGGAGGAAGAAGACGAAUUGCGCGUGAGGAUAGAGCAGUUGGUUGAUGAUUACAUAACCAAAACCUUCACCUACGUAGCCCCCAACAUCUCCAUCAACGGCCUUCCCGUAACCGACCCCUCCGAGUUUUUGUCCUUGUCCUCAUCCCCACUCACUUCCCCUUCCACUUCCACCACCACAAAAAGAAGCAACGGCACCAUCAAAAAGUCCUCCAAGUCAUCUUCAUCCUCAAAAAUCCAAAAGACCAAGAAAAGCAAAAAGCCAAAACCCCCUCAAGAAGAAUACGAACCCUUCGACCCCCGCAAACGUUCCCGCCUCGAAACUCUGGCCCGCGAAGAAGAAGAUCUUCUGCGCUCCAUCGCCUUACUCAAACGCCGCGUGCCCGCCUCUGCCGCUUCCGCGCUGGCUGAUUCUUUGGCUCGACAGACGGACGCAGACCAAAAGGCGUUGGACAGGGCCAAACAAAGAGUGGUGGAGGAGGGGGUGGUGGCUGGACGAAAGGCUUUGGAGGGGUUGUUACCUUUUGUUACUGAUGCUGCUGCUGGUGCUGCUGAAGGUGAAGAUGGAAAUGGGAGCGGGGACGGGGACGUAACGGCAGGAAAGGGAGGAAACGAAAAAGGAGGAGGAGGUGCUGCUGCUGCUGCUGCUGGUGCAACAAUGGAAAGGCAGGAAGAAAUAGAGGAUGGGUUUGCAAAAGCGGUUGAGGCGCUGAGAAGGCUGAAGAGUCAGAUGCCGGCUACGGUGGCGAGGAUGGAGAGGGCGAGGGUUGCGGGCGGGUAUGUUGUUGCUGGUGUUGGGGGGAGUGGUGUUGUUGCGGCGCCUGGGGAGGGGAGGUAGACAAUGUUGUUGGUUGGGUUGGCGAUACUCGUUAGUGCUGCGGGAAAAGAAAAGUGUUGGGUUUGUUUGAGCCGGCAUGUUGGAGUUGUUGCUUGUUGGAACACUGUUUGCUUUCGGUAGAGAGGCUUUAAGCGAUUAGUUUUUGGAGUUAGGGGCGUAUUGGCAUAGCCAUGUCUAUGGACGGGGUAUCAAAGCAAAUAUGUGGUUACUUUUGGGAACUGAAAUGUGCCAGAUUUCUUGAUGUCUUCACCACUCAAAUACCAG